CAACCAUGGAAACUACAAUUGCGAAGAACGUCCUCAUACUUCUGCUUGUGUAUUUCACACAAUCUUCCGCUGAACACAAAGAUCUCUCAGGACAAAUGUUCACCUUCCCUGUGGAGUCUGAUACAGCUCAUGUGAUCUUGGUUCCCAACCAGAGCAAGAGCCUGACUGCAGUGACCGUGUGUCUGCGCUUCUUCUCAGACCUAACAAGAGCUCUGAGUCUCCUCUCUUUCGCCACCCCAGCACAUUCAAAUAGCUUCAUCCUUUACAAACAGGUAAACAGUGUGUAUGAAAUUAACGAGUACGACAACAUUGCAUUAUUUAAAGGAUUGGAAGACAUCCCAAAUCAGUGGAAUUCUGUCUGUGCCACUUGGAAUUCCCAAACUGGUAUUGUCCAGCUUUGGGUCAAUGGGAAACCAAGCACGAGAAAAGGGAUACGUCGAAGCGGUGACAUCUCUGGAAUGCCCAGUAUUAUCCUGGGUCAAGAGCAGGACAGUUACGGGGGGAAAUUUGACAAAACACAGUCUUUUGUGGGAAUGAUUACAGAUGUGCACAUGUGGGAUUCAGUUCUUCCUUAUCCUGAGAUUGCUUUAUACAUGAACCGCAUUCCACAGAAGACUGAUGGCAAUGUGAUCAACUGGAGGUCCCUAGACUUCACCACUAAGGGGUAUGUGAUUGUAGAGGACCAGGAGCUAGUGGGGGUGCUUGAACCACAAAUGAAAAAUCUCUCAGGACAAAUGUUCACCUUCCCUGUGGAGUCUGAUACAGCUCAUGUGAUCUUGGUUCCCAACCAGAGCAAGAGCCUGACUGCAGUGACCGUGUGUCUGCGCUUCUUCUCAGACCUAACAAGAGCUCUGAGUCUCCUCUCUUUCGCCACCCCAGCACACCCAAAUAGCUUCAUCCUUUACAAACAGGCAAACAGUGUGUAUGAAAUUAACGAGUACGACAACAUUGCAUUAUUUAAAGGAUUGGAAGACAUCCCAAAUCAGUGGAAUUCUGUCUGUGCCACUUGGAAUUCCCAAACUGGUAUUGUCCAGCUUUGGGUCAAUGGGAAACCAAGCACGAGAAAAGGGAUACGUCGAAGCGGUGACAUCUCUGGAAUGCCCAGUAUUAUCCUGGGUCAAGAGCAGGACAGUUACGGGGGAACAUUUGACAAAGCACAGUCUUUUGUGGGAAUGAUUACAGAUGUGCACAUGUGGGAUUCAGUUCUUCCUUAUCCUGAGAUUGCUUUAUACAUGAACCGCACUCCACAGAAGACUGAUGGCAAUGUGAUCAACUGGAGGUCCCUAGACUUCAGCACUAAGGGGUAUGUGAUUGUAGAGAACCAGGUGAACUAG